ACAAGAUCCGCACAGCUAAGCGGAGCAGGAGCACGAUGUCCUCGACGAAGAAGAUCACGCUCUUGAGCUCCGACGACGAGUCCUUCGAGGUUGACGAGGCGUUGUUCGUCGAGUCGCAGACCAUCAAGAACAUUAUCGAGGCCGGCUGCGCCGACAGGAGGAUCACCCUCCCCAACGUCACCGGCAGGAUUCUGGCGAAGGUCAUCGAGUACUGCAGGAAGCACGUCGAGUCCUCCAAGUCCAACGAUCGCACCACCAAAUACGACCUCAAGGCCUGGGACACCGGGUUCGUCAAAGUCGACCGGGACACUCUCCGCGAUCUCGUUCUGGCUGCAAAGUAUCCGGAAAUCAAGGGCUUGCUGGAUCUGACGUGCCAGACUGUGGCAGACAUGAUCAAGGGUAAGACUCCCGAGCAGGUCGCUAAGAUGUUCAACAUCAAGAAUGACUCCGCCAGUGAGGAGAGAGGGGAGAUUCACCACCAGGAUCCGUAGGCUUUUCGAUGAGUGCGUCUCUCUGUUAAUCUGAAUCUGC